UUUAGUUUGAUUAUCCUCAGUCAGCAUUGGUAUUUGAGCUCGACUAAUCGCACAUACUGGUCGCGCUCGAUCUCAUUGUCCUAAGUUUGGUUAGAGAUCAAGGAAGAUAUUUUGCGCCAGUUCAAUAUCUUCUAGAGGUGCUGCCUUAUCUCACAUCCUCUGUUUAACUUGACUCAUUAAGUCAAAUUGGCAGAUCUGGACGGGGUAUUUCUUAUUUCAGUACGGUGGGCGACGUUAGGAUACCAUCAUGAGCGACAUUGAAAAGCAUUCUUCACCCCACGAUUCUCAAGAUGAAGGGCAAGGCGGGGCUCUCGACGGACUUCCACCCGACCCCGAUGCUCAUCUCAGCCAAGAAGAGAAAGAUAAGAUUGACCGCAAGCUGGUUUGGAGGCUCGAUUGGAUACUAAUACCUUGGCUCUGUAUCCUUUAUCUGCUUGCCUUCUUGGACCGGACCAACAUUGGCAAUGCGAAGGUUGCGCAUCUUACCGACGACUUGCAUUUGACAGUGCCAGAGCAGUACAAUAUGACUCUCACCAUCUUCUUCAUCUCGUACUCCGUUUUCGAGCCAGUGACAAAUGUCCUGCUUAAGAAGCUGCGGCCAUCCGUGUUCAUCCCAAUCAUCAUGAUACUAUGGGGCGCUUCUAUGACUGGCAUGGGCUUCGUCUACAAUUAUUCUGGUCUCAUGGCCGCUCGGUGGUUCCUGGGUCUAGCCGAGGCCGGCCUCUUUCCCGGUAUUAACUAUUAUCUGUCCUGCUGGUACAAACGUUCCGAGUUCGGUGUCCGUGCUGCUAUAUUCUUCUCAGCAGCUGCCAUCUCCGGUUCGUUCGGUGGGCUGCUUGCGGCCGCGAUAGAACUGAUGGAUGGUAUUGGUGGCCGACCUGGAUGGGCGUGGAUAUUUAUUUUGGAAGGCCUGCUUACUAUCGUGUUUGGCGCUGCAUCUUUCUGGAUGGUCCACGACUUCCCUGAUCAGGCCCGGUUCCUCUCGGAAGACGACCGCACCCGUGUAGUUCGUCGACUCAAAUUGGAUCAACAGUCUUCAGCUGAGCACGAGGAGUGGAAAAUGAGUUAUCUCAUCGCCGGUCUUAAGGACUGGAAGAUGUGGUUGGGCAUGGUUAUUUAUAUGGGCUGCGAUAUGCCCCUCUAUGCUUUUUCGCUCUUCUUACCCAGCAUUAUCCAGGAGUUAGGCUGGAGCACAGGUACUGUCCGGUCCCAGCUUCUAAGCGUUCCCCCUUACGCCGCCGCCGCCGCCCUCACCGUUGUCAUUGGCUUCAUCGCCGACCGAACUCGUCAGCGUGGCCUGUGCAACAUUCUAGUUAGCCUCAUCGGCAUUGCUGGCUUCGUAAUGCUUCUAGCCUCUACAGACCCUAGAGUUAAGUAUGCUGGCACGUUCCUCGGAGCUCUCGGUAUCUACCCUUGCAUUUCGAACACUAUCAGCUGGAUGGCAAACAAUAUCGAGGGUGUAUAUAAGCGAGGCGUCGUAUUAGGCUUUGUGAUCGGUUGGGGUAACCUGAACGGUAUCGUUAGCUCCAACAUCUACUUUAGUCCGCCCAGGUAUCUCGAGGGCCAUGGAGUCAUGAUCGCCUACAUGGCGCUGUUCCUGUUCGGUGGCAGCGUGCUGAUGACGACAUUACUUCGUAUCGAGAACGGGAAACGACGACAAGGAAAGCGCAACUACCUAAUCGAGGGAAAAAGUGCAAAGGAGAUCGAGGCCUUAGGUGACAAUAAGCCUGAUUUCUUGUACACAGUUUGAUUUGCGAAUUGGGGUGGCCGGCGUAUUGAUACGGACAGACGUAGGAUAUAUGGGGUGGCUCUUUGGUCAUUAUCUCCCUAGUACUCAGUAUGUUUUGCAUGGUGGCAAAACAGAAGAUCACGUUUUCCUUUGAUACUAGAGAUUGGGGCAAGAUGGAUAUAUAUAAGCAACGCUUCCCUUUGAGAUACGGUUUCCACUGUCACAUAUUACUUCCAUAGUCCAGAGAAGUGUAAGCAAUAUUAGAGGGCGGGGAUAGGAAAUGUCCACUACAAUACCAUAUUCGUCUGGCCAAUAUGAUUCCCAAAUAUCAUCGUAGUUGCUCCAGUGUGACCCCUAUUCUUUAGGUUCACUGUCUAAACACCUUGGAUUCUCCAAAUACUCAAGUCACUUAGGCUCAGAGAUUAACCUAAAUGGAGUUAUGAGGCCUUUUCUUCUAAAUGAAGCCGCCAUCCAAUUUUGGUCCUACUUCAGUCCUACAAUG